CAACAGUGCAACCUCUUUCAUACACUUAACACAAACAAUUUUUUUAAGUCACAAUAUACAAGCCACACAAUCCAAAAAAGAUCCAUGUCCGUAAUUUUGUGGUGGCUAGUGACGGUGGUUCUGGUGGCGGGUCACUCGGCCUCUGCCAGAGUUGUGGAAUUAGAUUGGGAGGUUGAGUAUACGUUCUGGUGGCCAGAUUGUAAAGAAGGCAUCGUAAUGGCCAUAAACGGCCAGUUCCCGGGGCCAACGAUUGAUGCUUUCGCCGGAGACAUUGUCAUCAUUCACCUCAAAAACAAACUCUCCACCGAAGGAGUUGUCAUCCAUUGGCACGGCAUACGUCAGAAUGGGACUCCCUGGUCAGAUGGAGCAGCUGGUGUGACACAAUGUCCCAUUAACCCUGGCGAGACUUUCACUUACAAUUUCACUGUUGAUAAGCCGGGAACUCAUUUCUACCACGGCCACUAUGGGAUGCAAAGAUCAGCAGGACUGUACGGGAUGAUGAUAGUGAGAUCGCCUCAAGAGAGGUUACGUUACGAUGGAGAGUUUAAUCUGUUGCUAAGUGAUUGGUGGCACCAAAGCACUCACUCGCAAGAACUGGCUCUUUCUUCGAGCCCUAUGCGUUGGAUAGGUGAGCCUCAGAGUCUAUUGAUCAAUGGAAGAGGACAGUUCAACUGUUCACAAGCUGCGUAUUUAAGCAACGAAGGGAAGAGGCAGUGCACGUUUAAAGAAAAUGAUCAGUGCGCACCUGAGACUCUAAGGGUCGCGCCUAAUAAAGUUUAUCGUCUUCGGAUCGCUAGCACUACCGCUCUUGCUUCACUCAACUUGGCCGUUGAAGGACACAAGCUGGAAGUCGUUGAAGCCGACGGCAACUACGUCGCGCCAUUCACCGUCGACGACAUCGACAUAUACUCCGGCGAAACCUACUCCGUUCUCCUCCGAACACACUCAUUUUCAACAAAAAAACACUUCAUCUCCGUCGGUGUACGUGGUCGGAAACCCAACACAACUCAAGCACUCACUGUUUUAAGCUACAUCGAUGCUCAUGAAUCCGCACGUCCAUCUCUUCCACCACUAGUGACUCCAAGAUGGGACGACUACAACCGUAGCAAAGACUUCUCCAACAAGUUCUUCGCCGCAAAAGGAUACCCACCACCGCCGGAAAAAUCAGACGAACAGCUUUUCCUCCUCAACACACAGAACCUCCUCGACGGUUACACGAAAUGGGCUAUCAACAACGUCUCCUUGUCCCUCACGUCAACACCUUACCUAGGAUCGAUAAGAUACGGGUUAAACCCUUUGUCCUAUUUAAAAUCUCCAGCUAAGGAGUUUGUAGAGAGCUACGACAUCACGAAGCCUCCAGUGAAUCCCGCCACCACGAAGAGCAGCGGGAUCUACAAGUUCCCGCUGGGCAUCGUGGUGGACGUGAUUCUCCAAAACGCUAACGUUUUGAAAGGUAAGAACAGUGAGAUUCAUCCGUGGCAUUUGCAUGGACAUGAUUUUUGGGUUUUGGGUUACGGUGACGGGAAGUUCAGGCCAGGAGUUGAUGAGAAGAGUUAUAAUUUGAAGAAUCCGCCGUUACGGAAUACGGUGGCGUUGUAUCCGUUUGGAUGGACGGCGUUAAGGUUUGUGACGGAUAAUCCUGGGGUUUGGUUUUUUCAUUGUCAUAUUGAACCGCAUUUGCAUAUGGGUAUGGGUGUGGUUUUCGCUGAGGGAGUAGACCGGAUCGCGAAGAUGGAUAUACCGGAUGAGGUGCUUGGUUGUGGGUUAACCAGGAAAUGGCUCAUGAACCGGGGACGCCAUUAGAAAGCGGUGUUAUUCUAUUAUUAGUAAUUUAGUAGUAUGUUUUUGGAUGUUUGUGAGUGUGUGUUUUCGUAUGAUUGAUUAUUAUGGUGAUAAAACCACAUACUAAUGUUUUAAAAGCUUCAUCAAAACUAUCUGUUUUAUUCUCUUGUCAGUGUUCUCCAUUUAGAAUCUCUUGGUCAAAGAGCAUUCUAAUACUAGCUCUUAAAACAUUAGUUAUAAUAAUAAUCAUUUGGCUGAAUCUUAAAUUAA